AUGCCACCUGAAAAGAAACGUCGAAUAUUGGAAACAGGAGCUGUUCUUGCAAAUCCUCUGAGUGGCAGUGGCAUUCGUGCACAACGAAGACAUCUUCAUGACCCUCGGCAACGUCGCGUCACAGGACGAACAUUCAGAGAUCUCAAAUAUCCUUUCAUGCUCGACAGAAGUUGUGUUCUCAAAACUCAGGCCGAAGAAAGCAUUAAAUGUUGUUUUAUCAGAGCACAGUUAUUUGGAAUUGAUGGCAUCUGUUCGUGUGCCUGA